AAUGUAACCAAACUUGUCAACUCCUCCAGUUCCCCAGUUGAACUCAAAACCUCGUUCCUCGCUUCCACUCUCACCGCAGAAAGAAAUGUCGAGACUUGUUUCUACAUCUCAUUUGAGUUCUCUAAAUCGUCAUAGGAAUUUCUCCGUAAUUUUAUCAUCAAAAUCAUUACUAAUCCCAAUCCAAUACACUAAUACUAACUCUUCAUUAACUAACAACUCUUCUUCUUCACUCAAAACUUCAUUCUCAAACCCUAGGAUUUUUCAUUUCUCUUUUCCAAAUUCAAGUCAUAGAAAGGAUUUAAUAAUUCGUGCAUUUGAAUCUUCAUCAUCUUCUGAGACUACAAACCAGAAAGUACCAAAAGAGGAGGAGGAUGGAAAACAAGAAGAAGAAGAAGAAGAAAAGAAAAAAGGUGAAAUUGAAAAUGGGACUGCUAAAGGAAAGAAUGAUGAUGAUGAGUAUCCAAGUGGUGAAUUUGAGUUUAAGGAAAUUACUGGGUGGAAAAUUUUUGUUGUUAAGUGUCGUAUGUUAAUUGCUUACCCUUGGCAGCGUGUUCGUAAAGGAAGUGUUUUGUCGAUGAAAUUACGAGGCCAGAUAUCUGAACAACUGAAAAGCCGUUUCUCUUCGGGGCUAUCUCUACCUCAAAUUUGUGAAAACUUUACAAAAGCAGCAUAUGAUCCUCGUAUAUCUGGAAUUUACCUUCAGAUAGAACCCUUGAACUGUGGGUGGGGAAAGGUUGAGGAGAUACGUAGGCAUAUAAUAAAUUUUAAGAAGUCAGGUAAAUUCAUUGCCGCAUAUGUUCCAAUUUGUCAAGAAAAGGAGUACUACCUUGCCUCUGCUUGUGGAGAGAUGUACUGCCCUCCCAGUGCUUAUUUUGCUUUGUAUGGUUUGACAGUUCAAUCCUCCUUCCUUGGAGGAGUUUUUGAGAAAGUUGGGAUUGAACCUCAAGUGGAGAGAAUUGGUAAAUAUAAAAGUGCCGGGGAUCAACUCACACGCAAAAGCAUGUCAGAAGCAAAUUGUGAGAUGUUGACUGCACUUCUGGAUAACAUUUAUAGAAAUUGGUUGGAUAAAGUUUCCUCCACUCUAGGGAAGAAAAGAGAAGAAAUUCAGAGCUUCGUUGAUGAAGGGGUUUUCCAAGUAGAACGGUUGAAAGAAGAAGGUUGGAUAACAAAUAUACGUUAUGAUGACGAGGUUGUUGAUAUGCUAAAAGAGAGACUGGGCCAAGAGAAGGAUGAAAAAUUACGAAUGGUUGACUAUAAGAAAUAUUCUAGGGUAAAAAAUUGGACUCUGGGAUUGACCGGAGGUAAAGAUCAGAUUGCGGUAAUCAGAGCCUCUGGAAGCAUUAGCCGUGUUAAAGGUUCACUUAGCAUAUCUAGCUCGGGUAUUGUAGGCGAGCAAUUUAUCGAGAAGAUUCGUAAAGUAAGAGAGUCAAAAAGAUAUAAAGCUGUUGUCAUACGUAUUGACAGUCCUGGAGGUGAUGCUCUUGCUUCUGAUUUAAUGUGGAGGGAGAUCAAGCUUCUUGCGGCAACUAAACCUGUCGUUGCAUCAAUGUCUGAUGUAGCGGCAAGUGGAGGGUACUACAUGGCAAUGGCAGCAGGGUGUAUUGUUGCGGAGGAUCUUACUUUGACAGGCUCAAUUGGUGUUGUUACAGGAAAGUUUAAUUUGGGAAAGAUAUAUGAAAAGAUUGGAUUCAACAAGGAGAUUAUAUCACGGGGAAAAUUUGCCGAGGUCACUGCUGCAGAGCAACGUCCUUUCAGACCAGAUGAAGCAGAACUCUUUGCGAAGUCUGCAAAAAAUGCGUACACGAUGUUCCGUGACAAAGCAGCCUUUUCAAGAUCAAUGCCUGCAGAGAAAAUGGAGCAAUAUGCUCAAGGUAGGGUAUGGACUGGUAACGACGCCGCUUCUCGAGGGUUGGUUGAUGUUUUGGGUGGAUUUUCUCGAGCUGUUGCUAUUGCCAAACAAAAAGCUGGUAUUUCGCAAGACAAACAGGUUACUCUAGUGGAGAUGUCAAGACCCUCCCCUACAUUGCCGGAGCUCUUAAGCGGCACGGCAGCAUCCAUAGUUGGAUUAGAGAGGACAAUGAUGGGAGUAUUUCAAAACUUAACACCCACUGAUGGAGUUCAAGCCAGAAUGGAUGGGAUUAUGUUUGAGAAAUUAGAGGGAGCAUCUAAUGACAACCCAAUCUUUACUUUGAUUAAAGAUUACUUAAGCUCCAUUUAGAUUCCAAUCUUCUGGUCGAGGGGCAUUGAGAUCUUCCAAUUCCAGAAUGAUCAAGAUCAAAUGACAGAGAAUCUAUACUGCAUUAUCAGGUUAAAGAAGUACGAUUUUGAAUGUUUUGUUCCUCAGAAGUCCUUUGCUCCCACAAAAGUAGGAAACAAUCCAUUUAUGUAAAUGAAUUCUCAGAAUACUGGUGUAUACACAUUCUGCUCAAAAAAGCUAAUAGAAAUGAAAUGUUACUAUCCA